UUCAAUAAAAUAAUUAUUACUAAUGUUAAACAUAAGCAUCAAUUUUAAUUAUGGCUUAUUGAUCUGUGUCACACACUGCAUUCUGUUUUGUCAUAGCAACGAUGAGCAAUACAGUGAUUACUUUUUCAAGGCUGAAAGUUCGGCAAUUCGUAUUUUACUAGUUAAAUUUCUCACGUUGUGUUCAUCAUGGUAAGUUAGUGUACAAGACAAUUCAUACUUUACUGCUGAGAUUAAUCUAAAAUAAUAUUUCAUGUUAAAUCGAAUGUUUAUAUUGUGUUUACAUACCAGUGAUAAAUAACAUUAAUUUUAUAUGAAGGAGACAUUAGGUUUAAAUGAGCAACAUCAAGGGAUAGUAAAAGGAUACAUGAAAUUUGCCAAAUACCAAAGGAGCCAAAACUUAAAGUUUAUCGAGAUGUUGUUUCAAGAUGUAGAAAUGGCACGGCUUAAUGAAUCUACAUUCACCAAAGAUGAAGUACAAGAAAUUUUGGACAAUCUCAAGGAAUUGGUCACAGGUGAAGUGGUUGCAGAGUUGAUAGAUUUUUCACACACAAACAUACUUUUGUUUGCUCAGCUUUUAACCCAGGCAGAAAAAUGGCAUUUGCACAUGACAGUGGAUUUAUCAGAAAUCCAAAAUAGAGAACUGUUGGAUAAAGUGAAGAUAAUGGAAGAAGCUGAUGGAAAAGCUCAACCAAACCCACAUAGACUACAGCCACUUACAGACCAAUCAGGAUCAACUGAAUUGUUGAGAAUGGAAAUAUCACGCCUAAGAGAUGAAAAUCUUGUCCUCCAGUCCCAACUGAACAAUGUGGAAAAACAAUUGAAAGACAUGCAAGAUGAGAAGGAACAAAUCAAAGAAAUGUGCACUUCAAAAGAAGAAGAGGUCAAUGUCUUAAAGAAGAAGGCUGAAGAGCUCACUUUGUCCGCACAGAACAUCCAGACAGAAAUUACUAAGUCUGAUAGUGAACAGUUGUUGGGCGAAUAUGAAAAAGUCCUAACUGAACAGCUUAGCUUGGAACUGGAGUCCAUGAGGCAAGAGUACCUCAGUGUACAGUCACAGCUAACGCUCGCCGAACAGGAGCUGGAAAGGAAGUUCAACCAAACAACAGCUUACAGCAACAUGAAAAUGAUGAUCGCAAAGAAAAAUGAUCAAGUUAAAGAAUUAAGGAAUCAGUUACUCAAAUUUCAAAAGCCAGAUGAAGCUCAGAGUUAAUUAGAAAAUAUUAUA